GGGCGACGUGCUCAUGAUCGGCACGGAAGUUUAGGAGAGAGAAAAAAAAAUUUAGGUUAAGGCUCUGAUACCAUGUGAGAUAAUUGGGAAAAUCAUACUCCAAUAGGAGUCCAGACAGAUAUAUUUAUAGUAAAAUAAGAGUUGUCAAAAUACACAAGGAUUCCUAAUUUAUAUUAACUAUUAAUAGUAUGGGAGAUUAUUUUUAUCUAAAGGUUUCUUCUUAAAUUACAUCAUAACAAUAUAUUUAAAAGUAAUAAUUUCUGAAAUCCUAAACAACCCAAAUUCUGUUUUGGGGUGGGUGUUUGGCAUUCUACUUUUCUCUCAUUUGAUGUUGUGAAAGCUUGUUGUCGUAAAACUAAAAAUAACCAGUGUUCUUUUCUUUCAAAAUUUUGGAGAGUUUGCUCAAGCUAAACAACCAACUGUAAGCCAAGAGUUUUUAAUUACUCAUACAUAAGGAGUAAUUGCGGGGCAUUUCUAUGCAAGUGGAGCUAUCUAAAAACCUCAAGUUCUUCAAGUCAAGUAUAAUAUCUGGGGAUUUAUGGCGUGCUCGGCAGCUGCUUGAUAAAAUUCCUGACUCAGAUUUACGGUCAUGGACAGUACUGAUUUCUGCAUAUACGAAAUGGGGCCGUCCAAAAGAAGCAAUACAAGUCUACAAUGAACUUCGAGGCCGGAAUAUUUAUCCCGAUCAAUGGACAUUACUCUCAGCCUCCAAAGCCUGUGGUUCUGCAAGGGACCUAAGAAAGGCAAAAGGGAUUCAUGAAGAUUCCAUUCGAUUUGGGUUUCGGUACGAGCUAGUGAUUGGGAAUGCUUUGAUUGACAUGUACUGCAAAUGCAAACACUCUGAAGGCGCAAGAACUGUUUUCGACGAUUUAAGUGUGAAAAAAGAUGUCGUGUCUUGGACCACAAUGUGCUCUUGCUAUGUGAAAUGCAGGCUUCCAAUAAAAGCUAUCGACAUUUUUCGUCAGAUGAUGUUUUACGGGGUUUGGCCAAACUCGGUGACACUGUCUUCUCUUCUUCCCGCUUGCUCAGAUCUAAAGUAUCUAACUUUGGGCAGAGAGAUUCAUGGACAUGUUAUCAGGAAAGGAAUGGGAGACAAUGUGUUCGUUUGCAGUGCGCUUGUGGACAUGUAUGCCAGCUGUUCAAGAAUCAAGAAAGCGGAAUUAGUAUUCCUCAACACGCCUAGAGUAGACGUUGUUAUAUGGAACGUUGUCAUAUCAGCAUAUUUAUCCCACGGGGAAUACGAAAAGGCGAUGUGCAUGUUUUCCCAGAUGAGAAAUGAAUUCGGCCUCAAACUAAACGAGGAUUCUUGGAAUGCUGUUAUCGGUGGUUGUGUAAAGUGUGGAGAAACAGCGCGAUCACUGGAAUUGCUAACUGAGAUGCAGAAAUCCGGGACCAAACCGAAUUUAAUCACAAUUACCACCAUCCUCCCUGCCUGUGCGUAUUUAGAAAGCAUAAGAGUGGGAAAGGAGAUUCACUCUUUCAUCUCCCGACACGGAUUUCUCGAUGACAUUACUACUGCCACCGCUUUGCUACUCUUGUACUCAAAGUGUGGUUCUCUAGAACUAUCCAGAAGAGUCUUUGACCGAAUGCCGAAUAAAGAUACCAUUGCAUAUAACACGAUGAUUUUUGCUAAUACAAUCCACGGGGAAGGAGCAGAAGCCGUUUUGCUUUUCAACAGGAUGAUAAGUUCGGGCUUGAAGCCAAACAAGGUGACUUUCACCGCCGUGCUGUCUGGCUGUAGCCACUCCCGUCUAGUUGAUGAGGGUUUCACUAUCUUUCAUGUGAUGUCCAAAGAUCACGGAGUUGAACCUGAUGAACAACACUAUUCAUGUUUAGUUGAUGUUUUUAGCCGUGCGGGCCGUUUGGAGGAAGCUUAUUGUUUCAUCAAAGAGAUGCCUAUGAAACCAACUGCCAGUGCAUGGGGAGCAUUGCUUGCCGGAUGUAAGGUCUAUAAGAAUGUCAGGUUGGGAGAGAUUGUUGCAAAUCAAUUGUUUAUGGUUGAGCCAGAAAACCCAGGGAAUUAUGUUAUGUUAUCAAACAUCUUUGAAGCUUCAAAGCUAAGAGAAGAAGCAUUGAAAACCAGAGAACUGAUGAGAGAAAGAGGAAUUAAGAAGUUACCGGGGCGUAGUUGGGUCCAAGUGAAGAACAAGACAUACUCGUUUGUUUCUGGGGAUAAAAGCCAUAAUCAGAGUGAAGAGAUAUACAAGUUCUUGAAUGGGAUUCGUGAGAAGAUGAGAGUGGCAGGGCGUUUGCCAGAUACUGACUUUGUUUUACAGGAUGUUGAUGUGGAGGAGAAGGAGUCAAGUUUGUGCUAUCAUAGUGAGAAGCUUGCAGUUGCUUUUGGAAUACUGAAUUUGAAAGAAGGAUCGACUCUUACUGUCUUUAAGAACUUAAGGAUAUGUGGAGAUUGCCAUAAUACAAUCAAAUUUAUUGCAGAACUUGUUGGCCUGAGAAUUGUCGUAAGAGAUUCAUUAAGGUUUCAUCACUUUAAGGAUGGGUUGUGUUCCUGCAAAGAGUUUUGGUGAAGCAACAAAUCUUCUGCAGCUGUUGGCAAGAAAAUCUCCAUUCCAGUCUUCUCUGAUGGAUUGAAGAAAAUUGUGCGGAUACAACAGAUACAAGAAAGCAGCAGCCAUGAAAUUGGUACAUUUCUAUUGAAAAGAUCAGAUGGAUGAGUCUGGUUGGACUAGUUGGGCAUACCAGACACCUUGGAUCUUUACAUCCUUUGGAACCUUUGCACCCAAAUCAGUGUCAGACGGCUGAAUGCUCUCAAAGACUCCAACCACCUCCCCGGUCUCUGGCUUGCUCUGGCUAACACUCAUCCUAAUCUUCCCUGUCGAAGAUGCAGUGUUCUUGUUGUUCUCCUUCUCAAGUUCCUCCUCAUCUCCUCUCCCACCAGCCGGCAAUGCCACUGCAUUGUCAUAACCAGUGGCCCCACCCCUCC